UGAACCAAAAAGCCCAAUAAAAGCUGAAAAGAAAAAUUGUGAAUUUUUUGAAUCGGAUAAACUAAAAAAAAAAAAGAAGGAAAUAUCUCCGCGGCCAACAAUGAACAAAAAUGGCGCUCGAGAUAGGAUGACGACUCGCAGUGGAUAAACAAAAGCCAUGCCAGUAUGCCACCACUCCUUCAGCUUCACCAUUUCCCGCUCCAACCCUGUAACUCUCUCUCCCUCCCGCCGUUAGAGUGCUCCGCAUGUUUUCUCCAGAGAUUCCCUCGCUCGACUCAUGUCAACAAGAGGUUCGAAUCACCACCACAUUCCUUCCACCUCUUCUCCCUCUCGAGACACACCCACAUCCGCUUCUGUUCUCCAAACGAUUUCCUCAACCAAAUUUCGGGUACCCAGUUGCCCGAAUCGCCUCAACCCGACGAAUUGGAAGACAACGAGGAGCUCGAAUUGCACGAUAAGCCGUCCCCUGUCACCACCACCGCCGCCGACGACAACGGGGCGCCAUCGGAAGAAGUGGACGACGAAGAGGUAAGGAAAAGGGAUGAAGCCCUAGCUCCGUUUUUGAAGUUCUUUAAACCCAGGGAUGCUUCUGGGGAAGUGAUUGGAGAUGAGAUUAGUGAAUUAGGCGAUGUUGUGGAGAAGAAGGAAGGGGAGAUUGGUAAUAAGAAAUUGGUGAAUGUGGAGUAUUAUGAGCCGAAGGCAGGAGAAUUUGUGGUGGGAGUUGUGGUUUCAGGUAAUGAGAAUAAGCUGGAUGUGAAUAUUGGGGCGGAUUUGUUGGGCACAAUGUUGACUAAAGAAGUGAUGCCUUUGUGUGGGAAGGAGAUGGAGGGUUUGUUGUGUGAUUUGGAAGACGAGGAGGAUUGUGAGGAGUUUCUGAGGAAAGGGAAGAUUGGGAUUGUGAAAGAUGAGAUUGCUUUGAGUGGUGGGACUGGGAUAGGGAGGCCUGUUGUGGAGCUUGGGACUGUUUUGUUUGCUGAGGUUCUUGGGAGGACAUUGAGUGGUCGGCCAUUGCUUUCGACUCGACGGCUGUUCAGAAGGAUCGCUUGGCACCGAGUGAGGCAGAUAAAAGAACUCAAUGCGCCAAUUGAGGUCAAGAUUACCGAGUGGAAUACUGGUGGUCUUCUUACAAGAAUUGAGGGACUACGAGCUUUCCUUCCAAAGAUUGAGCUUGUGAGAAGAGUGAACAACUUCAAGGAGUUAAAAGAAAAUGUGGGUUGUCGAAUGAAUGUACUGAUAACCCGGAUAAACGAGAGUAAUAACGACUUAAUACUGAGUGAAAAAGAAGCUUGGGAAAUGUUGACCCUUCAGGAGGGAACACUUCUUGAAGGAACAAUUAAGACCAUUUUCCCUUAUGGUGCGCAAGUGAGAAUAGGGGAAAGUAACAGAAGUGGGCUUUUGCAUAUCUCAAAGAUCAGCGCAGCACGAGUUACUGCUGUCGAGGAUGUACUCAAAACCGACGAGAAGGUCAAAGUGUUGGUGGCAAAAUCAAUGUUUCCUGGCAAAAUUUCUCUCAGUACUGCUGACCUGGAAAGUGAGCCUGGACUAUUCUUAUCCGAUAGAGAGAGAGUAUUUGCCGAGGCAGAAGAUAUGGCUAGAAAGUACAGGCAAAAGCUACUUGCUUCUCCGAAAUCCCAGAAAUCAGUAACACCUCCAACCAACUCUAGCUCGUUUGAUAAUGAACCGAUUCUGUACGCAAAUUGGAAGUGGUUGAAGUUUGAAAGGGACCUUGAAGGAGAAUGAUCUUCAAAUGUCGUGCUCCUUUGCCCCGAGAACCUCAAACUGAUGGGGUCCUGCUGCCAGGCCAUUGUUUUCCUCCAUGCAGAAAGCAGGUGACUUUGUGUGGAUCAAUGGUAUGUAUCUUGUAAGUGCGUUUUGGAUUCGUGGUCCACUCAAAUGUUCUACCCUGGCUUACAAUGAUCACUCCAUGAACUAAUCAUCUGAUCUGCUGUUGUGCACUAGCUUGCUUGUAUCACAUACACGCCAUUCUUUUUAUGGCAACUGCUGAUGUUGUAUUAUUCUUUCAGUAGCAAUAGAAAGCUGUGUUUUCUUUUUCUCGGAUGAUUCCGUAGAUGUGUAUUUGGUGUUCCCGACUCGAUGAAUGGCACAGUUAUCUUUUUGUGACGUAGAAAGGAAACUACUCAGAGCAAGUUGCCAGAUAGUUGCUUAGUAGGGCUGCUAGCUAUAGCUGCUGCAGCAGUUAACUUGCUGCUGUUUUCAAGCUGUGCUGUCGUUUAUUUAUUUAUUAACUCUGUUUUGGGGCUCCAUGCAAAAGAUGAUUAGAGGGUAAAGACAAAGUGAAAAGCACCUUCCUUGUUAGGCCAUCUGUCCGUCUUUCGAACCAUUUCUUUCUUGGUCAAUUGCUACCCUAAUGGUCAC